ACAACAAAUAUUUCAAGUUUGAACAAAUGAGUCGUCUAAUAUUUUUCAUAUUAGUUACUGCCAUUUAUUUUGUAGGAAAUGAAGCUUGCAAGGAAAUUGAGAUUGUAAUUAAGAACACACUUGGUCCAAGUAGAAUUCUUCAAUAUCAUUGCCGUUCUGGAAACACUAAUGUAGGAGUCCAAUAUUUAAACUUUAAAGGUACAAGAAUCAUUAAAUUCAAGGAUGACGGAACCGAGCGAUCACGUUGGAACUGUCUUUUCAGGCAAGGGAUUAACAUGAAGUUUUUUACUGAGGUUGAAGCGUACCGUCCAGAUUUAAAGCAUCCUCUAUGUGGUAAACGAUAUGAAUUAAGUGCUAGAAUGGAUGCAAUAUAUUUUAAAAUGGAUGAACGUCCUCCACAACCUCUAAACAAAUGGCGUUCAUAAUUUGAUAUAUUUUACCUAAAAACCAUAUUUUUUAUGCAAUUCUGUUCCAGCUUAUGACCUCCUAAUUAAGCCAGCAUAAGAAUAAAUUUUAUAAAUUGUGUAUUUCUUUUUAAUAAAUAGCACAUUUCAGAGUUUCUUACCAGUCUCUCUACUCUCUUUUUAUUAGUUUCUAUUUUCUUAAUGGUGAGUCUCUUAUUUUUCUCUUAGUUUUCUAUGAGCAAACCAACAUAGAUGCUCUUAGUGAUCUAUGACUGUAUUUUUUAUAUUUAUAUUAUAUGAAUUUUCUUCAUGAAACAAUAUUAUCUCUUGAGCCU